GUUUCAGUCAACCGGAGGAUUUUGUUUCGUUUGAAAUGCCAACUACCGGUUGAGUCGUACAUUUUGAGGUUAAGUCGGGAGUGAUUUGUGUAUUUUCUUUGAUUUUUCUUUGCAUUACUGGAAAAUGUCAUCAUCGUCGUCUUCAGAAAACGAACAAUUACUGUGGAGAGAUAGUAGUGACAGUGAAUCUUCGUCUGAUACAUCAGAAGAUGAAUUAGCAGGAAGGUUACAAAACAGAAUUUUUAGAACUGCUAGAAAUUUUAGAGCCCGUGUUGAUCACUUUACCAGAUGGAAUGAAGAUGAAUUCAGAUUAAGAUUUCGUCUUAGCAAAAACACCGUAAUUAUGUUGGAGGAAAGAAUAAGGGACAAUAUCGCCCCAAAUACAGAAAGGAAUCACGCAUUAACGUCAAUGCAACAGUUACUGCUGGUAUUACGAUUAUGUGCUACAGCAUCUAUGCUACAAACAAUUGGUGAUUUUGGUGGUAUACACAAAUCGACUGCCAGCCAGGUUGUCAAGAAGGUGAUACACUCUAUUGUAACAUUAGCUCCAGAAUAUAUAAAAAUGCCCAGAACACAGCAAGAAAUGCAGAGUAUAGAAAACAAAUUUUACAACAUUGCAAGAUUUCCUUGGGUUAUUGUAAAUUAUUUCACCAGGAGGAAAUAAUGCUGAAUAUUUUCGUAACAGAAAAGGCUAUUUUUUUAUUAAUGUGCAAGUAGUUGGGGAUUCUGAUUUAUGGAUCAGAGAUAUUGUUGUACGAUGGCCUGGAUCUAGACACGAUCAGACAAUAUUUAAUAACAGUAGGUUGCAAGCUCGUUUCGAAACACAUGAGUUUGGCAACACAGUACUUCUUGGCGAUUCAGGAUAUGCGUUAAAAAGGUACUUCAUAACACCUAUUGCCAAUCCAGCAACAGAGGUAGAACAAAUAUUUAAUGAGUCUCAAAUUAGAAGUCGGAAUCCAAUUGAAAGAUUAUUUGGUGUUCUAAAAAGACGAUUUCCAAUUCUAUCUCUUGGCAUCAGAUUAUCACUCGAGACAGCAAGAUCUGUUGUUAUAGCAUGUGCUAUCCUACAUAAUAUAGCACGCAGUAUGAAUGAACCAGACCCUAUUGAAGAUCCAUAUAUAGACAUUAAUAUUGAAGAAGUGAAUGAAAACAAUAUAUUACCU